CUGGUCGGGUGCGUUUAGACUGAGUCGGCCGGUUGGGAGGGGCGGAGCGGUCCUGCUGUCAGCUGAUGCAUCGUGAUGUGUGGAAUCUGUGGGACAGACUCAGGAAAACUGAGAGAAGCAGCGCGUGCUGAGUGUGAGAGCAGCAGGUACGGGUGAAUCCUGUUCAGUGAUAGGUCCAGACAGCCAGGCGGUGAUGUCAUCAGUGGAAGUGGAGUGCGUGGUGAAAGCGAGCGCUGUGCUUGGUGAAGGCCCAGUGUGGGAGGAGUCAGAACAAACGUUGCUGUUUGUCGACAUUGUUGGUCAGAAAAUCCACCGCUGGACUCCACUGACCAAUGAGAUCCAGUCUGUGAAGACAGGUGACACGGUGGGCUUUGCUGUUCCUCGUAGGUGUGGUGGUUAUGUAGCAGGUGUAGGUCGCAGCAUCGUGGCUGUUGAUUGGUCGACUCAGGCGAUGACCUCUCUGGUUGAGGUCGAUGAGGACAAACCAAACAAUCGACUGAAUGACGGGAAGGUCGAUCCGAUCGGUCGGCUGCUGGCAGGUACGAUGGGGAAGGAGCAGCGACCUACGGAGGUUCAGAAACAACAAGGGUCUCUGUUCUCUCUGACCUCUGACCUCACUGUGACCAGACACCUGAGCCAGGUGGACAUAUCUAACGGGCUGGACUGGUCUUUGGAUCAGAAGACAUUUUUCUACAUCGACAGUUUGUCUCUGACCGUGGACGCCUUCGACUAUGACUCAAACAGCGGACGCCUCGGUAACCGCCGUGUGGUUUAUCGUAUGGAGGAGGGGGAGGGGUUUCCUGACGGCAUGACAGUUGAUGCUGAAGGUCGUCUCUGGGUCGCCUGUUACAGCGGAGGACGAGUCAUCAACAUUGACCCUGCUACUGGUGUACGGCUGCAGACGGUCUCUCUCCCGGUGACAAAAACCACUUCCUGUUGUUUCGGAGGACCAGGCUACUGUGACCUCUACGUGACCUCGGCUAGUCUGGGCCUCAGCGAGUCGGACAGCGGGUCGCAGCCGCUGGCCGGACACGUCUUCAGGGUGAGAGGACUCGGGGUCAGAGGUCGACCUUCAAACUCAUUCUCAGGAUGAUCUGGAUGGUUGUCAGGAUCAUCAGCAGGAAGCGAUGAGCAGACGGAUUGUUAGCUCACUGUAUCGUAAACGUUGGUAUUGAUUCAUUCAUUCACCUCGUUGAUUUUCAGCUUUUACCUUUUAUAUAAUGAAAUAACAAAGAGACUGACAGCCAAUCAGACAUAAGCAAACUGUGACAUCAGCAUUCACCACCCAAUGAGCCAGCGGAUCUGUUUGAUGCCGAACACCACUGAGGAUUGUGGGUAAUGUGGUUUGUGUGUUAAUGUGAUUUUGAGGUUGAUUGCAUUAAAGUGCGACGCGUCGGCGUCA